AUGGGAAGGAAAAAAGGAGAAAUUCCGAGCCGAGUUUCGUACCCGGGAAACACUAUAAAUACGCAUUUCUUUGACCUGCACAUUAACUUCACAAAGCUUGAUUCGCUUGACAUCAAGAUGAUGAAGAAGAUGGCGUGCCUUCUGAUCUUGCUUAUGUGGACUCUUACUUGUUUCCUGAUCGGAGCAGGGGCUCAGACAAACGCGACUGUGCCGGUGAAAGUAGGAAUCGUACUUGAUCUUUCGUCGACCACGGCCAAGAUGGGUUGGAGCUGUAUCAACAUGUCCCUCUCUGACUUUUAUGCUUCUCAUUCUCAUUACAAAACCAGACUCGUUUUCACCGUCAGGGACUCCCACGGAGACGUCGUUACUGCUGCUGCUCGAGCUGUAGAUCUCAUCAAAACAGAGCAAGUGCAAGCCAUAAUAGGACCAUCGACAUCAAUGGAGGCCAACUUUGUGAUCAGUCUUGGAGCCGAAGCUCAUGUGCCCAUCCUAACCUUCUCGGCAACUAGUCCUUCUCUUGCUUCUCUUGGGAACCCAUACUUCUUUCAGAUUGCACAGAACGAUUCGGCUCAAGUGAAUGCCAUUAACGCAAUCGUGCAAGCUUUUGGGUGGAAAGAAGCAGUGCCCAUUUACGUCGACAACGACUGCGGGAAAGGGGCCAUACACUCCCUAACUAAUGCUCUUCAACAAGCCUAUGUUCGAAUCCCAUAUAUGAGUGGCAUUUCACCUUCAGCCACGGACGAGGAAAUCAAAACAGAGCUCUCCAAGUUGAUGACCAAUCAAACCAGAGUGUUCGUUGUGCAUAUGUCCACCAAUAUUGGCACUCGUCUCUUCUCCAUAGCAAAACAGAUUGGUAUGAUGAGCAAAGGCUAUGUUUGGAUCGUAACCGAUGGUUUGGGUAAUGUGUUGGAUUCCUUCGACUCCUCAGUCAUAGAAUCAAUGCAAGGAGUAUUGGGUGUCAAGAGUUAUGUUCCUAAAACGAAAAAACUUGAUGAUUUUGAAGUCAGAUGGAAAAGGAAGUUCAUUCAAGACAAUCCAACCCUUUCUGGCAGAAAUCUGAAAGUGUUUGGAUUGUGGGCUUAUGAUGUUACCAGGGCUUUAGCCAUGGCUGUUGAGCAAGUCGGCACCAGCAAUCUUGGCUUCGAUAUGAGCAACGCUUCAGGCAAUUCUUCCGAUCUUCAAAGCUUGGGAGUAUCACCAAAUGGGGAAAAGCUGCGUGAAGCCAUAUCCAGAAUCAAAUUCAGAGGCCUGAGUGGAGAGUUCAAUGUUGUUAACGGACAACUGCCAGCAUCAACGUUUGAGAUAGCAAACGUGGUUGGUAAUGGGCAAAGAACAAUAGGAUUUUGGACACCACAAAAUGGACUCGUUCGAAAUCUCAGUUCGACGAACACAAGCACAUAUUCUGCAUCAAAGAAGGAUCUAGCGAAAGUAAUAUGGCCAGGGGAACCAAACUCUGUUCCAAAGGGUUGGGAAAUCCCUGUAAAAGGAACAAAGUUGAGAGUAGGCGUACCGGUGAAAGCGGGUUACAAGGAAUUCGUGAACGCAACACUUAAUCCAAUCACAAAUCAUACAAAAUUCGAAGGACUCUGCAUUGACGUGUUCGGGGCUGUGGUGCAAGCAUUGCCGUACGACCUGCCGUAUGAAUUCAUCCCAUUUCCUAAAAUGGAAGCUGUGAUUAGUACAACUCCAAUGUACAACGACCUUAUCAGCCAAGUAUAUUUUGGGAACUUUGAUGCGGCGGUGGCGGAUAUAACGAUCAUAGCAAACAGGUCGAACCAUGUGGAUUUCACUUUUCCGUACACUGAAUCUGGUGUAACAAUGAUUGUUCCGGUGAAAGACAAAAGGAAGAAGAAUGCGUGGGCUUUCUUACAGCCACUGACUUGGGAUCUUUGGGUGACAACUGCUUGUUCCUUUGUAUUUAUUGGGUUCGUUGUGUGGGUGCUUGAACACCGAAUAAACGAACAUUUCAGAGGGCCUCCGUCACAUCAAAUUGGCACCAGCCUAUGGUUUUCUUUAUCAACCAUGGUUUUUGCCCAUCGAGAGAGAGUGGUGAGCAACUUGAGUAGAUUUGUGGUGAUCAUAUGGAUAUUUGUGGUUCUAAUUCUGAGUCAAAGUUAUACUGCAAGUUUGACGUCGCUCUUGACAGUUGAACAGCUUAGCCCAACUGUGAAGGAUGUGAAUAUGCUUAUAAAGAAUAGAUUGAAUGUUGGUUAUAUGGAAGGUUCUUUUGUGUACGAAGUUUUGAAAGACAUGGGUUUUCAAGAUUAUCAACUCAAAAUUUAUAAUUCCACCGAAAGUUGCCAUGAAUUAUUUGAAAGAGGAAUUGAAAAUGGUGGAAUCGCUGCUGCGAUUGAUGAAAUCCCAUACGUAAAACUCUUUCUUGGGAAUUAUUGCUCCAAGUACACCACAGUUGAUCCAACUUUCAAAACUGGGGGCUUUGGCUUUGCUUUUCCAAAAGGUUCUCUUCUGAUAGCUGACAUUUCAAGAGCGAUCUUGAACGUGACACAAGGCGAAAAAAUGAAAACAAUAGAAAAUAAAUGGUUGAAUGGAAAUAAAUGUCCAGAUUCCAAGGCCUUAGUUUCUUCAAACAGCCUUGGCCUUGAGAGCUUCUGGGGCUUAUUUCUCAUUGCAGGGCUUGCUUCUGUAUCAUCACUCAUCAUCUUCGCCGUCACAUUCCUCCACCAGAACAGAAACAUGUGGUCAGGCUAUAAUGGCGGCGCAUCAAUAUGGAGGAGAAUAAAGAUGUUGCUGAGGAUUUUUGACCAAAGAGACGAGAGCUCUCACACUUUCAGGAAAAAGGAAAGGGCGAGUCCUACUCAUGGGUUGGGUCCAGUUGAAGCCUCUCCGACAUCACAGUGUCCCCCAAGUCCAUCAAGCGAAGGCGAAUUCGACUUUUCCCUUAAUGGAAACGGUGCGGUGUUUUCUGGAGAGUUUGGUGAUGCUAAUCCGCCAAAUGCCUAUCUGCCUCAAAACGCAGAAAUAACCGUCCGCCACUGGAUACAGCCUACUUAAGGUUAGGUUUUUAGUCUUCAACAUGACAUGGAUAUUCAUUCAUGUUCUCGGAAUUGUACA